AGUUCAUAGUCUUUUUAUGGCGGCAAUCAACGAAAGUUCCCUACGGAAAAUGCUGUCGAAGGUUUAUAAAUACAGGGAUCUGACCGCACGCGACAUAACAAGCGUCGCGUCUCACUAUAAAGAUCUUAAACCUGUGAUGGACAACUACGAUCUGUUGAAGAAACAGAAAAUUGUGCUGCCAAGCAAGACCCGGAAUGUCAUAGUGUUUUUCCCCCCUAAGGUCUCAGUUUACCCCUUGACAUGACACAACUUACCCCACUCUUCCCUGAUUUAUUUUUUUUAGAGCCUGACCAAUAUGUAUUUUUUGGGGGGUGAUACCGAUAUUAGGGAGUAAAAAAGACCGAUAUCAGUAUAUUUCGGAUGAUAUUCUUGUUGUUCAAUGAUGGCUCCACCAAAGAGCUGUUGAGUCUCACAGGAACAGUGCCAGUAAGCUUCAGAGGAAAUGUGUACAACAUUCCCAUCUGCCUGUGGCUUCUGGACACGUAUCCCUACAACCCUCCCAUCUGUUUUGUCAAACCCACAAGUGCCAUGAUGAUAAAAACAGGGAAACAUGUUGAUGCCAAUGGAAAGAUUUACCUCCCAUACCUGCAUGAAUGGAAACCUCUCCAGUCUGAUUUGUUAGGACUGAUCCAGGUGAUGAUUGUUGUGUUUGGAGAGGAACCACCAGUUUUCUCACGGCCCACCACUCAGGCAUCUUACCCAGCAUUCCCAGCAGCAGGCCCACCUAAUUCUUCUUACAUGCCAAACACACCAGGGUUGCCUUAUGGUCAAGGUCACUCUUCCAAUCCAGGUGGAUUUCAGGGCUACCCUUAUUCUGCAGCAGUCCAAGGAUACCCCACUACCUCAGGCUCCUCUCCCUACACCCCAGUGUCUUCUAUCACUACAGUGGGACCCACCCGUGAUGGUACCAUCGGGGAGGACACAAUCCGUGCGUCUUUGGUGUCUGCAGUCAGUGACAAGCUGCGCCGGCGGAUGAAAGAAGAGAUGGAUCGAGCACAGGCGGAGCUGGACGCUCUGAAGAGGACAGAGGAGGACCUAAAGAGAGGCCACCAGAAGCUGGAGGAGAUGGUGAACAGACUAGACCUGGAGAUGGCUGACGUGGACAAAAACAUUGAUCUCCUUAAGCAGAGAGAUGAGGAGCUGACUGUUGCUCUGGGAAAAAUGGAGAAGCAGUCUGAGAACAAUGACAUUGAUGAUGUGAUUGUGCCCACUGCUCCCCUUUAUAAGCAGAUUCUGAACCUCUACGCUGAAGAAAACGCCAUCGAAGACACAAUCUUCUACUUGGGUGAAGCAUUACGCAAAGAUGUCAUUGACUUGGAUGUCUUUCUUAAGCAUGUGCGCCUUCUCUCCAGAAAACAGUUCCAGUUGAGAGCCCUGAUGCAGAAGGCCCGGAAAAUAGCAGGCCUCAGUGACCUGUACUGACCUGCCCAAAUAAAUCAUUCCCCCUCUCAGUUAUUACACAAUGCACUUUAUGGCAAGCACCCUACCUUUUAUCCAAAAACAGGAGGUUUGGGACCCUCCUUUCCUCAAAUCACAGUCUUUCUAAGUACAGAAAGAUGUGAAAGGUGACUAAUACACCCAGGGCCAAAAUACUCAAGUAUACAUUCAUAUCAUCAUUAUUACAGAUAACAAGUGCAUUGAAUGUCUUUAUAAUAAAAAAAUGAAGUGACCUUUGAGGUUCUUACCUUUGCAGAAAAAGAAACGAUAAAAGGAAAUCAAGCAUUUGCAACAGAUUUUUCCUCAGCUAUGGAGUUUAGCAUAGACUUAUAAAAAGAGCAACUGUUGCACUUUAUGUAACUUGUGCCUCAUAUUCUUUUAAAGUGUCUUUUCAGAUAUAGAGUAAAGGGAAAUAUUUUUGAGUAUUGCUUUCAAUAUGCUCAACCUAAAUGCCUUAUUUUUAUAUUGUUUAAUCUCCAAAUAUGUGCAUGUACUGAAUAAUUAUCUCAAAAUCAGCAAGUUUGUAAAUCAGUUUUCUUAACAUCUCAGAAUCUAAUUGGAUCAUUAUGAAUGCUUCCUCAUUAUCACUGUCCACUACAUAACACACUUUUGCAGUCCUGCUUGUGAUUUAUUCAUGUGUUGUCAGUUAUAACAUUCUUAUUUACAGUUGUUAUGCAGUUAGUUUACAAGAAUGUGCUCGGUAUUAAUGCAAAUUUAAUUACAAAAAUAUGCUGAAAUUUUGAUAUUGAACUUGUAUAUCUAUUUAAGAUGUGAUGCAUCAUGGAUGAAGCUUACAAUCAAGGGAAAUGUGGAAUAACACACUGAUUGUGCAGUAUACUUAAAAAAAAAAAAAAAUAUCUGAAAUAAAACAAGAAAAACUCUUAAAUCUGGGUCCGAUUAACUAAAUGUUUUACAUUAUUACACUAGAUGUUUAGAUUUUAAAAAAGUAAAGCCUUUAAUAAUUUAGUGCAAUUUCAAACUGUUUAUUUUCAUUUAUUUUUCUUUCGCAAAUCUUCUGUUGCAAAGUUUCGUUAUUGAAGUUUAGUGGUUCAAUGUGGAAGAUAAUAAGAGACACUGAACAACUGUCUUAGGUUGACAAAUUUUCUGUUUUCCUAUAGAAAAUGGGCUACUAUUAAACUAUUGUCACAGGUUUCUUUUUUUACCCACAGGUUAAAUGUCUCAAUUAUAUUUGACAAAAAUGCUUCUAUAGAAAUACAGUAUUUCAUUACAUCCAAUGUAUAUUCUACCAAUGACAAAACUGUGCUUGAUAAUGAGAAAGGAGAGUUUUAUAAAAACUGGGACAAAGGAGCCUGUCUGCUUUCAUUUCCAUGGUAACAGUUUGACUGGUCUCUAAUUGCUGCUAGUUAUUAAAAAGUAUGAUGUCAUCUACAGGCCAGCGAUGAAAUUCAAAUUUUAGAUUAUAAUCUGUAAAUAGUUAAUUUUGAAAUGGUUCUAAAAUAAAAGAUUGCCAUCCCCA